AUGCCCGACCAUCAUCCGGAAAUCCUACUCAAAUUCCAAAAGCAGCUUGAUCCAUAUAUCAAGCCUCGAGAACAGGUCAACUACAUAAGACGUGUUCUGGCUCUUCACCUCGGAUCUUGCGCCGGCAAUGGAGCCAUUCAGAGUCCUCUGUUCCUCAUCGACAGCUCACAAGAAGUCACCACGCCAUCAGACUUAACGGGCGUAUUCAGGGAAUAUGUCGAGGCUCUCCAGGCCAAUACGGCAGCACGCCGUCAGUUUGAUAGUCUCUUGAAAAAUAAUACCCCUGAAGACCCCGAGCCGCCAAACCCAAAGGCCAACAGCGUCGAUCUAUUGGAGGAGAGAAUAUGCCUUUUGAAGCUGCGACAGAAGCGAGAGAGCUUACUUGCAGCUCGACAGUCUUUAGAUCUUCUCAUGGAAAAGCCUGCUGCAACUCGGGAGUUUCUAGAUGCCAAGCACAUCUUUCAAGGCAGCCCUGGUGUGCCAAGCGCACCAGACGAUGUCAUCAAUAGUCUCGCGCUAGACCAAACAUCUCCUCAGUCAGGUCUCAGUGACCGAAUCCAGCAGCUGGAGAAGACAGUUUUGAGAGCAAAACUACUGCUAAAGCAAGAAGAGCAGACAGUACGAGAGACGAGAGACCGAUCCAAAAACCAGUUUGACAUGGUCAGCAACGGUGCUCGGAUGGAAGCGCUGACAACCACUCGCAAUGAACUCAUCACUUGGAUCGAAACCGAGCUUGCCAAAGCUUCUCCUGGGGGGAGCUCUGGUGCAGCCAAAAGCGGCAAUCACAAGUCAAGAGUCAGUCCAUCAACAAUCGCAGCCAAUCUUGAAGAGAUUAGCAAAAAGUACGCCAAAUACGUGUCUUCGAGGAAGACUCUUUUGGAUCUGGAAACACAGCAGUUUCAGCUAUCUCAGCCAUCUCAUCCAUCGCUUCUACCGCCUGCACAGUUGGUCGCCGGCUUGGAUCGAAGCAGCAACAAACCUCCAAUGCCUAUUGACCAUCUCCUGACUCCCUACUUGAGAGCCUUGGCAGCUAUUUCUGUCAGCCAAAAGGCAGCCAUCAGCCAGAAAGCCUUCUUCACCUCGGCGCUGUCCAAGCAAAACCAGGAUGCUUGUCAAUUACUCGGUCGUCUCCGCGAAGAAAGCCAUUUGCUGCCCGCCUAUCCUAUGAAAGACUCUCUGCGCCGUCGGUCUGGCAUACAAACAGAAAUAGCGUCCAAGUCUGAACACCCAGAUAUCUCAAAGAGAAUUAAGCCCUGGGUAUUUGCCGCCGAUUCAGCCAAGAUUGCGCUUCUCGAAUACGCCGCAGAAACUGUCGAUAUUGGUCAGGUAGCACUCGAGAAUUGCCUAGAGAACCUUAGAGAAAUUGACUUCCUUUUGGGUCACCCAGAGGAAGGGGAGGACUCCAGCGAGGUUUCUGAAAGACAGCCAAAGACUGGAGCUGCGGCAACGAGGCUUGGAUCACGAAAAAACACAUCAAAGAAUAGUAUCACAGACGAUGGGCAUGAUGUUUGGUCCAGACUACACGGAAAUCUAGGAGUGCUGAGAGACGCAGUCUGA